UACCGAGGCUCCAGUCGCCAGUCGCCAGUUCGUUGUGCGGUGAGCGGCCGCGUUCUCUGACUCUGAGUUAGUACACGUUACAAUUUCUAGUGGAAGCACUUUCGCUAUCUGAUCUUCGAUAAUGCAGUGAAAUUCUACCUGUUUCUUUCCCGUGGAUAAGCCACGGCGGGAUUACAAGUUUCAAAAAUGCCGCAGUGGGCGAGCGCGGAGGGCGGGGGGUCCGAGGCGGCGGCACCGGACCAGAUGAUGUGCUAUGAAGACGAAACCUCAGAGUAUUGUGAGAAGAACGGCGAAGAUUUGAAAAUAGAACAGGCUGGUGAUUUCUACGACAGCGGCAGCGGCAGCGAUGAGCAGGUGCCAAGACGGGUGUGCCGGCCUCGUCGCACUCCAGUCAGCUCCUCAUCAUCAGGAACCACCAGCAGCUCAGGACCUGGCAGACGCCGCCGAUGUGGAAUAUCAGCCCGGGAACGCAACCUGCGACGGUUGGAAAGCAACGAGCGGGAACGAAUGCGCAUGCACUCACUCAAUCGCGCGUUUGAGGAUUUACGGCGGGUGAUUCCUCACGUGAAGAAGGAUAAUCGUAGUCUCUCUAAAAUUGAAACUUUAACUCUUGCCAAAAAUUACGUGAAAGCCCUCACAAAUGCGAUAUGCACCAUGAGAGGGGAGGUGCCUCGAUACCAAUUCAACAGUGAAGAUGAAAAUGUUGAACCAGUAUUUGUUUUAAGCAGAGAUCAAGAGCAGAACAAUAAUGUGCCAAACGACCAAGAAGAAGAUCCGUCGAGUCCGACAGCUAAUAGCCUCUGACAUUAGAUGGAGUGAGAGCAAACGCUCACUGAUAUAAGACAGUUUUAAGUCAGACCAAGCAAGACAAAAUUUUGUUGGUGUGUGCAUCUCUAUGUAUCUAAAAUAUACACAAACCAAACAAAUUUCGUUUGUAUGUGUAACGUCUAUAGUCUAUCUUAAGACUGUCUCGUCUCAAGUGAGCGAGGACUCUAAAAUCUACGCUAAAAAGACAGAAGCUACUGAAGCAAAGACUUGACUGAGGUCCUUGUAUUUUAAAUACUCCGUUCCGUUAGUCAUUGCAGGCAUCACCAAAAUCAUUUUUUGUACUUGUCUCUUUUUGUACUUGUUGAGAUAGGUACAUAAUCUUUUUUUUAUCUGAGGAUUUACAACUCUACAAGGAUGUUUUGGCGUUUAAAAUCUGAGGUUUUGCCGCUAUAUUGUAAAGUGCUACUUGGGAAAAUCCUGUCAAUAUUAACUAUAGGUCUACCAGAAUCUGAUGGCAAAAAAAUGGAAAAAAGAAAUUG